AAAACGAGAGCGAAACUUUUGCUAUUGAAAACAUGUCACGUAUGUAACUUCCAAACUGUUUGCAAUGCAUCAAGAGCUGUGAAGAGCAUCGAUUCACAUACACCCACAAAUGACAACUCUACCUAUAAAAUGUAUAUAUGUACUACCUAUAAAUACGUUUGUCACUUUAAACUGAAGUUAGUUUUCUUCUUGACUUUUCAUUUAGUCAUAGGAUUAUACAAAAUACAAAACAUGGCCAUCAAGCAAAUUAUUUUUGUGUUGGCGAUUGGUGUGAUUGCAACAUGCAAAGGAUCUGCAGUUUCUUUACCAGCAGUACCAGUGGUCAAAUUCGCAUCCGUGAAUUCAGAAUUUAAUUAUGAUCCUCAUCCGCAAUAUACUUAUGCUUACGAUGUUCAAGAUAGUUUAACAGGCGAUUCCAAAUCCCAGCAAGAAACCAGAAAUGGCGAUAUAGUGAGCGGUAGUUAUAGUUUCAUUGAAGCUGAUGGCACUAGAAGGAUUGUCGAGUAUACGGCGGAUGCUGUGAAUGGAUUCAAUGCAGUUGUCCACAGAGAACCUUUGGCUAUUAUUAAACCUGCCGUAAAGAUUGCUCCAGUGGCUUUUCAUCCUUAGAGAUUUUUAGCAAUUAUUAUUGAUUGUUUAUUACUUUACAAUUUAUAAUUGUUCAAACAAAAGAAGAAUUAUUUUAACGAUAUAAGAAAUUUGUUAAUUUCACAAAACACAGUUUUAGCUUUCAUUGAU